CCUCAAUCUUCUCACUGUUUCAAGUUGUCUUCUCCCUCACAGUUUCGAGUUGUCUUCUCCCCUUUGGGCUCUAUGUUCUGUUCUCCCUGAUCUUUCUUUCUGUGUUGCGAUUGCCAUAAAGUUCUUUGCAGCUGUUGGAUCUCAGACCCUGGGCUGAUUCGCAAGCUUCGUCACUUUGGCAGGUUCUCUAUUCAAUUACCCGUAGUUUUUCUCGCAUUAGAUUGGAGAAGGAAAGGAAAGGAAAGGAAAAGCAAGAAAUGGGCAAAACGGCGACGAGCAGAGACUGGAGCCAGAUCUACGCGAUCUACGGCGUGGAGCAGUGGCAGAACCUGGUGCUCCUCCUCCUCCACGCCCUCCUUCUCGGCGUCCUCUCCGUGCUCUACCUCCUCUACUUCGACUCCAUCCGCUCCUUCUUCGAGUCCAUCCUCUCCAUCACCAUCUCCCUCCCCGGCGGCGCCGCCCGAUUCGCCGCCGGAUUCACAGGCUCCGUCACCGCCCUCUCUGCCGUAUGCCUCUUAUUCGCCGCCGCCAACUUCUUCUACUCUGCCGUGCCCCUCCACCACGCCAUGGCCCUCCGCAUGCUUUGCUUCGUCGACGACCGUGGACUGGACGAAAAAACAACAAAUUAACAAGAGAAAGAAGAAAUUGGAAGGAGGGUAAAAUCGUCAAUUCGAAUUGAGAAAAAGUUCAAAAUUCAACUUUUUGUGGUCAAAACGCACGGAUGUUCAGAUGCGUAAACAGUAUCUAGGCAUCUGACCCGGUUGCACCGCUCUUGCGGUUGCAGGUAACGUAAUAGGAGCUCCCUCUAGGAUCCUCUAACCCUAAAAGCCCCCACAACUAAGCUUUAAAUAGCGAAGUUUAUCACUUCAUUUUGAGCCACUCUCUUCUCUACCUCUCUUCUGAAAUCCUAACCCUAACCUAGUCCCCCAAUUCUAGAUUGCCUACCUUAUUUCCUUCCUUCCUUCCUUCUACCAAUGGAUUGGGAGACCACGGUGCGCGAGUUGCGGCGGACCGGCCGAAGGAUCGCCCUCGUCCGGUCCGUCGCAACUCGCUCACGAUGGUCUUGCGUCUCUCUGCCGCCCGAUUCACGACUGAGACCUGUGGUGAGCAAAAUAAGAAUUGACAGACCCGAUUUCUUAAAUUUUGAAGGUAAAAAAGUCCUUGACUUUUCAAAUACACUGACUUGCGCAUGUGAUUUUGGAUUUUGCAUUGCAACUUUUGAUUAAUUUAUUACGAAUGGAUGAACCGAUCAAAGAUAUUUGGGAUUUUGAUUCUUCUUAAUGUUCUUUUGGGUCCAUAGAAUUGCUGGCAACAUUAAUAUGAUUAAAACUAAAUCGGGCUCUUGGCUGUUAAAUUCGAUUGCUAAUUGAUUAGUAAGAGUAAUAUUUUCUUAAAGCAUAAAUUGUUUCCCGUAAGUUGCUUUUACAUUUCCUGUGGUUUCUAUUGGCAACCCUUUCCUCUUAUUUUUGUUCAAUGCAAUGUUAUUCAUCAAUUGUAUAUCCAGAAAGUUUCUGCAGAAGGGUGUCAGAUUUACAAGGCUUCAUAUGUUUGGACGGGAAACAUUUUCCGAUGCAAGACUUUUUAGAGGAAAUCAUUUCGAAAAACUAUUGAUUUUUCAGUCGCGGCGACAUUGCGGGAGGUUGGUGUGGUUGGAGAGCAGAUGGUUAGGUUUGAAGGAAGGAAGGAACUGUGGACGGAAAAUUUUUAUAAGUUAUUUUACGGAAAAUAAAAGAUUAUUUUACAAUUGAUUAAUUAUUGAAAAACAUUGAUUAAGGUUUUUCAAAUACCGUCGAAGGCUCGAAAACACCGAAAACUAGUUGUAUUCAGAAGCCUACCUAACUUGUGGUAGUCUUCAUUAGUUUGUGGAAAUCAAGGGUUAAAAGAGUUAAAUGUAAUGAUAGCAUUUGUCAAACCUGCGCUUCUUCAGAUUUUAAUAAUGUUUUUAAUUGAAUAUAUUUGUCUUUUAAGUU